AUUCACCAGAUCACCACUCUUCCAACCCUCAUUGAGAACAUCGCUGUCCGUCCAAAUGGUCACUUACUACUCACAUCCCUUGGCAACGCAACCAUGACCAUGUACACUAUUAACCCGACCUGUCCCCAACCCUCCGCUUCUAUACUCCAAAUAGCCCCAGGUUCAAACGGAAUAAGCGGUAUUACCGAAAUCCUGCCGGACAUAUAUGCCUUCCUUGCCGGGACGUGGAACACUAGCAUCCGGCGAGCCGAACUUGGCUCAUUAUCCAUCUAUGCCUUGAAUCUUCGUACCGAAACGCCGGUUGUGAAGAAAAUCGUCACCAUUGCCGAGUCUGUUGGCCUGAACGGAUUGGCGACUGUUCCUGGGUCAAAAAACCUCCUUCUAGCAUCUGACUCUGUAUUGGGUGCUGUAUGGCGCAUCGACAUAUCCAAGGGAACCUACGAUCUUGCCAUCAAAGACUCUCUCUUCGCACCAACAGGCCCCGCACCUUCUCUCGGUAUCAAUGGCAUCCGAACAAAAGACAACCACUUCUACUUCGCGAACUCCGCUCAAGGAGUCUUUGGCCGGGUUGCUAUCAGCGCUUUGGGUAAAGUCAUGGGGCCGGUGGACGUCCUUACACGCAUCGAUGCUAGUGUGGGGAGCUUCGACGAUUUUGCGCUUGAUAGUCAGGGGAAUGCUUGGAUGGCUCUGCAUCCUAAAGGGCUGUAUUUUGUUGAUAUGGAAGGCAAGCAGAAGAAGGUGGUGAAUGAGACGUUGUUGCCCGAUCCGACGUCUGCGAGGUUUGGAAGGCGGGAUUUGGGACUGCAGCAUAUACUGUAUGUGACG